GGCAUCACAGCAAACAUCCCGGAUGUACAUGUAGGUGUGUCGCUCAGUACAGUUCGCAUCGGUUUGCUGUUUGGCGUUCGCAGCACACUCGGUGCAGUUGGAUGGCUGGCAUGGCUGAUCUGAGUGCGGAAGAGAUCCGCGAGCUCCAGCAAGAGGCGGUCAACAAUCUGAGAAUAAAAAUCGUACGAGACCUGAUACCGAGGAAAUACUACUCCUAUCUACGCCAGAAACGCGUAUUCGACGAGGACGACACGGAACUGAUUCGUUCCAAGCCGACGCAGAAAGAGAAGAGCGAAUUGUUUCUCGACCUCGUCUGUAAACACCCGGAUGGUUUCAGAGCUGUCUGCGAGGCUCUGUACGACGACGGUACGCAGGUUCAUAUCGUCGAAGAGAUGACGAGAGAAUUCCAGAGGCUAAAGCAGACGUACAUCGAAAAUAAAGAGGCCAGGAAGGCGAUAGCAAAGGCUGCAGCGGAAAGAGAAGAACAAAUAGGACCGAGACCGUUGUAGGAAUGUGUAGGAAAGACGGUCAACGCCCUCUAACAUGAUUGUUUCUAGACACGUGGAUGAGAUUGUUUCAAUG